GAACCUUCUAGGCUUCGUCACGAAGGCCUGCGCGACUAGUUCCGCGAGACUCCUCCGAAAGCGAAAAGCUCUACGUGCUCUCGUCAAAUCCCGCGACUUGGAGAAGACGACGCCCAAAAAUUCGAACGGAAGUUUGGUGCUCGCGCGGUGAGGAAGCGAUCCCGGUGCGCAGAUGGGCCAGGCGUUCCGCAAGCUGUUCGAUGCCUUCUUCGGCACCAGCGAGAUGAGGGUUGUCAUGCUUGGGCUGGAUGCCGCGGGCAAAACCACCAUCCUGUACAAGCUGCACAUCGGGGAGGUUUUGUCGACUGUUCCUACGAUCGGUUUCAACGUCGAGAAGGUUCAGUACAAGAAUGUGAUGUUUACUGUGUGGGAUGUUGGUGGCCAAGAGAAGUUGAGGCCCUUGUGGAGGCAUUACUUCAAUAAUACGGACGGCUUGAUCUAUGUGGUUGAUUCAUUGGACCGAGAGAGAAUUGGAAAAGCCAAAGCAGAGUUUCAGUCAAUAAUUAAUGAUCCUUUGAUGCUGAAUAGUGUCAUAUUGGUGUUUGCAAACAAACAAGAUAUGAAAGGGGCAAUGGCACCAAUGGAGGUCUGCGAGGGCCUUGGCCUCUAUGAUUUGAAGAAUCGCAUCUGGCACAUCCAAGGCUCCUGUGCCCUCAAAGGUGAUGGUCUUUAUGAGGGCUUGGACUGGCUGGCAAGCACGCUGAAGGAAUUGCAAGCUUCUGGUCGCCUACCCUCAGGGGGGACCUCGUUGUUCUAAGUAGCAGGCAAUAUGCUUCACAGUGUUGACUCUACUGAAGGCAAAAUGAUGCAUGGGCCUGACUGCAUCAAAGUUCACCGAUGCGAUUUUGUCAUGGGUUGUACUCAUCCCUGGGAAUAACCAUUUCGCGUAGGUGAUCUAACUUGUGAUAUAGGUCUUGUAAAUUUCGUUGCGAGUUUAUACAAGCUAACCAGGCGGGAUGCAUUUGUUCACAUACGAGGAUUCAGCAUCCUCAUGCUAUUAAUAUGAAAUUUUCUGUAAAAUUAUGUUUGGCAAA